UGGAGCUCCGGGCAGGGGGCUCCUAGGUGAAGAGUGGGCUAUGGAGGGCACCUGGCCCGGCAGUGUGGGCGUAGGGAGAGGGGUUCCCAGUAGCACGGAUAGGAGCUCGAAUGAGAGGUCAGGGGCCCGAGGUGACGGGGCCCAUGGACCAGCCAGCUGGCCUGCAGGUGGACUAUGUCUUCCGUGGUGUGGAGCAUGCAGUGCGCAUGGUGGUUUCUGGGCAGGUACUGGAGCUGGAGGUGGAGGACCGCAUGACGGCUGACCAGUGGCGGGGAGAGUUCGAUGCCAGCUUCAUUGAAGACCUGACUCACAAGACAGGGAACUUCAAGCAGUUCAGUAUCUUCUGUAACAUGAUGGAGUCGGCUCUCACCCAGAGCAGCGAGUCAGUCACCCUGGACCUGCUGACCUACACAGACCUGGAGACCCUUCGGAGUCGCAAGCUGGGGGGCCGCCCCAGCACGCUGGCCCCCAGAUCAGCCCAGCUCAACUCCAAGCGCUACCUCAUCCUCAUCUACUCCGUGGAGUUUGACAGGAUUCACUACCCGCUGCCCCUCCCGUACCAGGGCAAGCCGGACCCUGUGGUCCUACAGGGCAUCAUCCGCUCACUGAAGGAGGAGCUGAGCCGCCUUCGAGGGCUGGAUGGCCAGAACCCCCGGGACACAAGGGAGACGAGGGAGACGGAGAUCUGGCACCUGCGGGAGCAGGUGUCACGCCUGGCCGCAGAGAAGCGAGAGCUGGAGGCCCAGCUGGGCCGCUCCCGGGAGGAGGCGAUGGCUGCCCGGGCUGCGCGCCAAGAGGCCGAGGCGCUACGCGGGCUGGUGCGGGGCCUGGAGCUGGAGCUACGGCAGGAGCGGGGCUUCGUGCACCAGACCUCGACCCGCCGCAGCCAGGACUGCCACCGCCUGGCCAAGGAGCUCGAGGAGGUGAAGGCGUCGGAGCGGAGCCUGAGAGCCCGGCUGAAGACGCUCCACGCUGAGCUGGCCUCGUACAAGAGGGGGAGACGCACUCCGCCGGUGGUGCCGCCCGCGUCCCGCGAAGAGCGGGCCUCGCUGUCCCGGGAGCGCUCCACGUCUCGGGGUCGCGGGGUCACCCGUUCCUCAUCCCGAGAGAGCAGCCGCGGGGCCCGGGGCCGAGGCCGGCCCGCCCGCUCCUCGCCCUCUCCCACAGGUAGUCGCGCGCCACGCUUCGACCCCACGGCCUUCGUGAAAGCCAAGGAGAAGAAGCAGAGGGAGAUCCGGAUGAAGCAGCAGCAGCAGCAGCAGCGGAACCGCCGAGGCAGUGGAGGAAGCGGAGACGGACCCUCGGUCUCGUGGUCUCGGCCCACGCGGCCCCCUGCUACCGAGAGGGGCCGAGGGGACGCCGCCAACCGUUCCCGGCACCGCAGCUCCUCGGUGGACAGCUUCCGCAGCCGCUAUUCCUCGGCCAGCUCCGCCAGCGAGCUGGAGGACUUCUCGGAGUCCCUCACCAGAGGCAUCCGCUCUCGAGCUCGAGGGAAGCCAGCCAGCCCCACACCCUGGAAUGGGCAGGACGUUAAGCCCAGCCCCCGGGAGCGCAGAGGUCAUCAGAAACGCCUGGCCAACUCAGGGGGCUGGGUCCCCAUCAAAGAGUACAGCUCGGACCACCAGGCCGUGGACAUGGCUGAGAUAGACGCGCGCCUGAAGGCCCUGCAGGAGUACAUGAACCGGCUGGACACGCGGUCCUGACGGGCGGGGUGGGGCUGCGCCCCGCCCACCCCAAGCCCCACCCCGCCUGCUGGGGGGCGGGGCUUGUGGAUUUUGUA